AGGUUAAUCCCAUCCUAGCUAGCUUAUUCAAUCCAUUUGGUUGUUGUGGCAAGUGCUGCUGGCCUCAACACAAAAGAAAUCUCGCUCGUACCCAUUUUCACUGAAGGUACCGGUAUACCGAGCAGCAGUAGCAAGCCAUGGCAGAAACUAACAGAGACAGAGGAGUUGAGGAAGAGCAGGUUGCAGACGAGCCACCCUGCAAAAAGAUUCGCAGCAGUGAUCCUGACAUCAAAAUAACACUCAAGUACAUGGACGACGACAACGACCCAGCUACCAAGGAAUAUUCAAUGUAUGGACCCGUUCUGUCCCACCUGAGCAAGUUCAUAGAUACCUCAUUGUCCGUGGGGAUGCAGGAAAAGGCAACCAACGAAAUCAUUUUUCACGAUGUGCAUCCAGAUCUUUUUGAAAAGGCUCUGAACUUCUUACAAGAACCCUGUGCCGCUCGGUCCAUGACAGCAAAAGACGCGUCCGAACUUAUAGAGUUCUAUGACAAGUACGACUUUGAGGGAGGACUCAAACUCUGCGAUGAGGUUAUUGCGGCAUACCUGGAACAUCAAAAUGCACUUGGCCUGAUGACACCCCCCGAUGACCUUGGUAUCCUGGUGGAUGCAGCCGCAUUGGCAUACCAAAUCAAUCUACCAAAAGCAAAAGAUGUGGCGAUCAGUUACCUCAGGACUCGAAUGCGUGAUGCAGAAAAAACCUAUGGGAGGAUGAUGUUUGGGAGUGAACACAUCAAGAAACUGCAGCCCAUGUUUGUGGACCGAAUUUUUAGAGAGUAUUUCCUCGAAGAUUUGACCAAGGAAGAGGUCAGUUCUCCCCUAUUCCCGAAGUAUUUUCUAACGUGUACUGAAUUGAAUCACUACGAGACCCAACCUUUCGAGAUCCUCCAUUUGUCUGGAACCAAGCAUGCCGCGUUUAAUGGAGCGUACCAAAGAGAUGAGUUUUCUCAGUAUCCAUAUACCAAAGUGGAAACAGUCUACUGGAAUGGCCAACUUAAGUUUGUAAACGUCGACAAGGUAGCAGACUGCACGUGGGCGAUCCUGGCCGGAAAUGUCGAAGGCGACCUUCAAUCCCAGGAAGUGUUGUGGAAAUGUCCGUAUUCCAACAGGUUUCGAGCCCCCCCUAUUGGGCCUUGGAUUGCAGUUGAUCCGACGGUCCAGGAAGCAGGGUCGCCCAACAUCUGUUUUUCAUAGGGUUGGCAUGCAGCGCCCUUCCCAUCUAUUCUGAUGCUUACCAUUUCAAAGACUUCUCCGUCUGACGUUGCUGUCUCUUCAAGAUUUACUCUCGUGUAGCCCUGUUGCGAUUGAGCAGCCUUCGAAAGGUGCGCCUCAACGCCGUUGCCACCAAAAAGAAUGUCUCGACCAACUUGAACCAUUGCGUUCCGUUGAGGUCGUUCCUAAUUGCAUGCAGAGAUCUGUUGUUUAUAUUAUUUAAUUCAUUGUCUAACUAUGGCUACGUGCAGGACU